CUUACAUAUAGAAAUAGAUGUUGAUAUGCAUAGCAAGGACAAACGCUGUGCUAAUAGUUGGAUGACUUGCACUCCAUUUCACAAAAUUUAACAGAGAGAUUUUCCAUUCAAUGAUGGGAACUAUGAAUGGACAGGUUUUUCCGGUGCUUCGGCCAAUCAUGCUAACCCUCCUGAUGACGACCGUCCCAGUUGUUCAGAGCGGGAAGGUUCUUGUCUAUCCUGUGGAUGGCAGUCACUGGGUCAACAUGAACAUCUUGGUCGAAGCACUUCAUGCCAAAGGUCACAAUGUUACAGUCAUCCGGAUGACAGACAGCUGGUACAUCAAAGAAUCCUCACCUCACUACACAUCGAUCAAUCUCAAGUCUGAAGGAGGAUUUAGUGAAGAUUUCUUCAAGGUGUUUGCAUCUAAACUACUGGGAAUUAUGAGGGAGGGUUCGAUCUGGGCUCGUCUCAAGUUGGAGAUUGAGAUGUGGCAAGGUUUUUUAGAGAUGCUUGAAACAGAAAACAAGAUGAUGAUCAACAUGUUUGAAGACCACCAGCUGAUACAGUCCUUAAAAGAAGCCAAAUAUGAUUUGAUUCUAACAGAUCCAGCCAUGUUACCAGGUAUACUAUUGGGUCAUUAUCUCAAACUGCCCAUUGUCUACAAUGUCCGUUGGACAGUUUACAGUGAGGCUCAUUUUGCAAUAGCUCCUUCACCGCUUUCUUAUGUUCCUGCUCCAAUGCUGGAGUUAUCAGACCGUAUGAGCUUCUUGGAAAGAGUGAAGAAUGUAGUGAUGUACAUCGUAGCAGAAAUACAGAUAGCUACCAUGAUUACUCCAACUUAUAAUGCACUUUGUGAACGGUUCAUUGGCCCAGGAACAUCCUACUUUAGUUUACUUCAGAGUGCCGAUCUGUGGCUCCAUAGAGUUGAUUUUAUUUUUGAAUUCCCGCGUCCCACUAUGCCAAACAUCGUCUACAUGGCAGGUUUUCAGUGCAAGCCAUCAAAGCCUCUUCCACAAGAUCUGGAGGACUUUGUGCAGAGCUCUGGGGAGCACGGUGUCAUCAUCAUGUCUCUGGGCACUCUCAUUGGUCAGCUUCCUGAUGAUGUGGCAGAGGCAAUUGCUGAAGCUUUUGCAGAACUUCCACAGAAGAUCAUCUGGAGGUACAAAGGAAAGAGACCGUCGGCACUAGGGAACAACACCUUAAUGCUGGACUGGAUGCCUCAGAACGAUCUUCUGGGUCACCCUAAGACCAGAGCCUUUGUGGCACAUGGAGGAACCAAUGGCAUUCAAGAAGCCAUCUACCACGGGGUACCGAUCAUUGGGUUUGGGCUGAUUUUUGACCAGCCCGAUAAUCUUUCUAAAAUGAGAGUAAAGGGUGUAGCCAAGAAUGUAGACUUUGCCACAGUGGAUAAGGACUCCUUCCUUCAAACUGUCCAAGAGGUCCUUUAUGAGCCCUCUUAUCGGGAGAACAUGCAGAGGCUCUCGAGGCUUCACAAGGACGUCCCAGUGAAGCCUCUGGACAACGCCAUCUUCUGGAUUGAGUUUGUUAUGAGGCACAAAGGUGCCGCUCACUUGCGCACAGACUCUUACAAAAUGCCCUGGUACUCUUAUCACUCUGUUGAUGUCGUUCUGCUCCUGCUUUCUGCUGUGUCACUCAUCAUCCUGACUAUAUAUGCGCUUAUCAAGUAUUUCUGCUGCAGAAUAUGCAUGAGAAAAGCAAAAAGCAAGCUACAAUAAUGAGGUAAUAAUAAUUAUAAUAAUUUAGUCCUCAGUUGUAAGUCGCUUUGGAUAAAAGUGUCUGCUAAAUGACUAAAUGUAAAUGAAUGACACAAGUAAAAAUGACAGGUCCAAUGGGGCAACCUGUGAUUGUGAUUAUGUAUUGCUCAAGAGCACAGUGGUGGUAGGUGUCUCCAGUUUAUGAUUUCUUAGCCCAAAUUAGCAUAUACUUUUAGAUGGUCUAAGUGAGGAUUUUGUAGUACAAGUUUUGUCAAUAUAAAUGUGGUGGAAUUUUGCAGUUUUUCUCAUUUGCAUUGGCUCAGUUCUCAUUGGCCAAUUUACUGACUGAAUUGAAUUAGUUCUUUCACUUGCUAUAGGACACAUUCCUCAAUACUCGACUUUACUCUUCACACAGUUCUUCUUACCAACUCAACUUGGCACUGCAGGUAAUUUCACAUUCAAAAUGCACUAAAGCUACCAAAGCACUUUAAACAUGUCUCGAAUCCAGUCAUUCUUCUAUAACAAAGUAAAGGCUAUCACACAACAAACACACUUUGUCAAUCACAACAAUCUGAAAAAGUUUUCAAACUAAACAAUGUUUUCUUUUGUAAAAUUUCUUUACAAAGCAAGAAAGACACUCUCUACUAUGGAAGCUUGUUUCCGCCACUGAAUAUAGAAAUAAAAUAAAUAAUUGUGACUUUUUAUCUCUCUAUUCUGACUUUUUUUCUCACAAUUGAGAGUUUAUAUCGGGCAAUUCUGAGAAUUGCGAGAUCAAAAGUCAGAAGUGUGUGAUAUAAAUUCGCAAUUGCGAAAUAUAA